AUGUUGCCGAUCACGCCCUCCCCUGAGCACCAGGGCAUCGCCCGCACGGCCGAGAGCACCGCGGACGCCCACACGCUGGAGACGGCCGGCCGGCUUCUGCAGAAGAACCAUGACGACUUCCACGUGUUCUGGCGCGACGAGGCUGGCCACGACCACAUCGUGCACUCCAUCCUCACCGUGCUGGCCCUCGGCGGCGACGCAGCCGACGUGCAGCGCGCCUACGACGACGGCUACGCCAUCCAGCGCGCCCGCGUCCCCGCCGACCCGCAUGCCGUAGCGCGCCUCUCGGACCCGGCAUUUUUCCUCGCCCACAUGGGCGUCCUCUCGCACUACAGCGACUUCCUCGUCUUCUUCGAGCACCAGAUCGGCGAGCGCGGCUACUGCCCCGUCGUGCAGGAGUACUGCUUCGGCCGCACUCCGCUCGCCGACACCAUGCUGGCCCGCCUGUUCGAGGGCCUCUUCCACCCCAUCAUCCACCUCGGCCUGGGUGUCGAGUUCGACCUGCCCGCCAUCGUGGCCGAGGCGCUCGCCAUGGCCGCCUGCCACAACUCGGACGGCAUCGACCACUUCUUCUUCGAGUGCGAGCGCAUCUCGUCCGCGUCCUCCGCCCCGGGGAAGCCCCUGGCCACACUCCUCGACGAAGUCCGGGCGCACGACAAGGUCCGCCACGCGGUCCGGCCUGAAGACGGCCCCGCGUGCGUCAAGGACGGCGUCCUGGGCCGCGCGGGCGCCGAGAUGGCGAAACUGGCGGCACAGUACCGCGUGCAGCCGGACGCCGCUGGCCUCGAGCGCGCCACGGCCGAGGACAUCAGCUGCGCGACCUACACGGCCGGCGCGGCGCAGCGGCCCGGCAAGGCGCCCGCCAUCGACUUCUUCUACCUGCACAACGUGACCAGCUCCCUCUCCCUGACGGUCCUGGGCCGCGAGACGUGGAUCGACGUCGCCGACCGCGCGCGCCUGGUCGAGUGGAAGGCCCGCCUGGACCUGGUCUGGUACGCCGCCAGCGGGGCCGUCGCGCUGGACGCCGGCGCCAUCGCAUCGUACGUGCCCGGCCCCAGCAAGGGCAUGGGCUGGGCCGAGCUGUACCGCGCCGUCCUGGGCCAGCACGACGACGGCCACCUGGCCAAGUUUGUGCGCGCGCUGAAGAACGGCUGCGACGUCGAGGAGGCCCUCGCCGGCGCCGGCCAGGAGGAGGAGGUCGCCCGUCUCAUGCCCGUGCGCGGCGAUAUGUGGCUCCGGAUCGCCCAGAUGUCGUACGAUAGCGCGCUGGGAAAGACAGAGGUCUUGGAUAAGUGGAUCUUUGGCGCCGGGUUUGAUGAGAGGUGGGCGUGCCGGCCGUGA